UCUACCACGCUUCUUCAAUGCGGUCUCUUGCGGCAGUACAAGUGACUGAGUCUUCUGAUCUGGAUUACUUUAUCAAAACAGAAUUCAAGCUACUCACUGCCCAAACAUUAUCAAUCGCUGAAUAUAACAAUGCUACAACUUUGUUACGGGCUAACAAACUCUCGUCAACUAGGGGUAGCUGAACAAAGUUUUCAUAAAAGAUGAAGCAUGUCCACAUAAAUUCUCUUUGCUACCACCUGACAGGUCCCCAUAAAACGAAAAGAAAAGAAAAUCAAUUUAACAAAACUGUCCAACGGUUAAAACCCAAGCAAAAACGCAAACCAAAAAAAUUGGCAGUAAAAAUGUAUUAACUUUAUCGCACUUUACUUAGGGAGAAGGCUUACUAACAUAAGGCAAAAUGGACCGUAAAACAAGAAACAAAGUUGUGGUCAAGUCUAAAUCAUCGAACAGUGCUAUAACGACGAAAUCUAAAUCGCCAAUAAGAGCUAACGCCCGGAACAAGAAGAGCUGGAGUAGCGCCGAGUUCAAGAAUAAAAUCAACAAGAAACGCGGUGUUUACGUUGAGAAAAAGUCUACCAAUUUACUGAACUCGCGAGGUAAGAAUGAAGACACGGGACAUCAAAAACCGUCUAAACGACCUCGCAAAAGCCAGAAAGGCUUCCUAGACUCUGUCCUUAACAUACUGUCGCAAGACACGACCGGUACUCAGUACCCCGAUGCAUCUGAUCUGCUCAAACCUGGCAAACAUCGGCGAAUUAGGAGGAGGACCGUUGAGACCGUCGACAAAGGUAUCCAAGACCUAGAUGCCAUGUCCGGUAACAGCUCGCCAUUUAGGUACAGGAAGUCGUCGCCUUUAAGAAUGAGACAACCCUCCCCCCAAAGAAGGAAGUUCAAAUCUCGUAUUCUCAACGACCAUGUGAGCGACAGGCUGGUUGUCCUGCAACCGCGGAAAGAACUCAACCACACACCUUCGAAUCAAUCGGAAGGCGCAAGCAAGGAUUAUGUGCACAAAAAGAAAUGGCCCGAUUCGCCACUAGUCCAAUACCUGGAGCAGGAGACAAAUAUGCUUCAGCAACAGCAGAAUCCGGACAUUAAAGAAGGGAAGAAGCUCAAGAAAACGGAAGCGCUCAAGAUGGAGGAACCGGCUACUAUGGUGGGCGAACUCAAGACCUCGGCGAAGAGCCUGUAUAAUUUCUUCGUUGAUCUACUAGAAACCACUUUCAGCGUUUACAAUAUGAAUGCAGAAUACAACGAGAAAGUACACAAGGAGUCUAAUGUCAAUUUCGAAAUUGACGAGAAAGUGGCCAAGAAACUGACGUUAGCUACGCAACCAACAAUAGACUACGUAGAGAAUAAUAACAUUAAUCAUACUGGUGACGACAUCAAGAGGGAUACAGUGUUCUACAUAAGGAACGAUGAUAUAGCGACGGACAGAAUAGAAGUGUACAAGACGAAGCCACGGUGUUCCAACAUGAAUCCACCUUUGCGUCCGCGAAAGAGGAGUCCAGGCAGGAAUCUCCGCUCUGAGUCUUUCUCUUACACCCAGCCGUACAAAGUUGACUCGCCGACGAACAGAAGCGCGAUAAAGCCCAAGGGAUCAUUCAACAAGAAGAAUAGAAAACAAAAUUUACUCAACCUCCUGAAGGAAGAGUUGCGUAUGGAGGAGGAUGCUUUCGACGAGCCACAAACUAUGCAUCAAGCGUUGAAGCUGAUUGCGAAGAACAAGAGGCGGUGCCGAAGGGCGAUACGGUUUGACGAGUCGGCCUGCCCUGACAGGAAAACGAAGACGCCAGACGACGGACAUCCGGACUGCAUGUUCAAGCGUCGGAAAGUCAUAUCUUCGAGUACGAAAAGCAGCAGACGAAAGAAGUUGUUCAGGAUCUUCAAUCCGCAAACUACUUUUAUGCAAUCGAUGCGUACGUCGGGCAUCCCUCGCAAGUUCUCAACCACUCGUCCUACGCUUACCCAGAGCGAUUCGAGCAAUGAUAAUUACAAUUAUGCCGAGGACGAUUACAAGACGGCUUCUUUCCAUUCCAUAGUCGUGGAGGGUUACGACUACGAGCCAGACUUCUCAAUGAGACAGAACGACAUUAAAAACAAGGCCAUCAUAUAUGCGUACCACUCUCGAGAGACAAUCCUCACUGAAAGCCUUGGAAGUUCGAAGGAUUGCCUAGAUUCGAUUCCGUCGAAAGCGUCCACGUCGAUAAGUCAACUCUUAUUGAAAACACCAGAUAUGUAUUGACAAAAAAAUUGUAAAAUUAAAAAUUGUAAAACGAAUAACGCGUUUGAUAAAACAAAAUACAAUUGAAAAUCAUUUAGUUGAACAUAAUACAGAACACGACUCUAGGCUUUUUAUCCUAAAGUUUUAGACAAUUUUACUUAUCAUCUAAAUACCCAAAAAACAGAAUCAUAAGAAUCUUGUAUAAUACGGCAGGCAUGCCAGUCCCUAAAA